GUUGCGCUGUGUUCGUUUUGCUCUAUUAAUCCUGCUCUACUUUCUGUUCGUGCUGACAAAACCCAACCUGGGAGUUGGGAAAGCUCUCGAGUCUUGAUGUUGUCUACAGCUUUCUGUAAGUCUUUGCCGCCAACGUGGACGAUGUCAAUGCGCCAGGUAUGUAUUCAUUGCGCCAGGUUUGUUGCACCCAUAAUUGCCCUGUAGUAUUAGUACGUAGCAGUGCUUCACACAGUCAACAGCUCUCCUCAAUAUAUUCUUGCCUGGUCCCCAUCUUUUGUGCAGGUUACUCUUUGCCCAUCUCCGUCUGCUGCAAAUGCGCAGUGUGGCUUUGCACCGCUUGCCUCAAUGCCAUCUGCAACUCAAGGUAUGUGUUAUCGUGUAACUUUCUGGACCCACCGCUUGGUAGCCCAGAGCUUCUCCUGGAUAAUUCCGGGGACUUUUCUAUCUGUGCUGGAGUCGCAAACCAUGCUAGCCCAUGUAAACUUUUCCCAAUCGAACGGGGCGUCUGCUUCAGUGUCACAAACAGCCCAACCGUGAGGAGUAGCCGUUGCGCUGGGGCUGAUGUCGUGGGCGCUCAUAGCGGACGGCUCAGACAGUGUGAGUGUCACUGGUAAAAUUACAAGAUUCGUGUAUUCGUAAUCGUAGUUGAAUCUCAUCGAUAUCAUGUGUUUUUGCGUCAU